AUGUCCAGUGACAGUACUUCUGUGGCAUCGGCUACAGCCAACGCCGUGGCAGCUUUGGCUCGGCUUAGGGAGGCACUGGCUCUUCCUCCCUCAGUCAGAGUACUGGUCACUGUUGCUCACAAAAUGAUAAAGCUGAGAAAACCAAAAGCAGGAAACGAGAUCGCUUCAUCUUCCUUGCGCCCUAAUGUUCUUGCAUGCAACCGUCUCUGCAGAUGGGUCGCUCCACACUCAGAUAUUUUUCACAACUCAAUUCUUGAAGAACUCCCAUUAGCAGAUGUCUUGAAGCUUUUUGACGUUAUGCUUGUCUCUGUUGAAGUCAAAACACAAGAAAACUACGGCACAGGCUGUUUGCGCUUCCAUCAAUAUUGUGAUUCACACUCGAUACCAGAAAAGAACAGAAUGCCUGCAUCAGACCAUCUUCUUGCAUCUUUUGUCACCUCUUUGGCCAGGAAAGUUGCGGCCACAACAGUGCAGAACUGGCUGGCAGGUCUGCACUUCUGGCACAACCUUCACGGUGCGCCAUGGUUUGGACAUACAUAG